AUGUUCGCCACCGCCGCGCGCCGCUCGCUCUCGGGUCUCAUCCCCCCCAAGAUCGCCACCCCCGGCGCUCUCUCGUCCGGCUCGACCUCGGCCCGUACCCAGUCGGUCGUCGACUUCUACUCCAAGCUCCCCAAGGGCCCCAUCCCCGCCUCGGAGCAGGUCGGCGGUGUCCGCGGCAAGUUCUUCGAGGGCAAGAACGCCUCCGGCAAGCCCCUCCUUGCCACCAUCUUCAUCCUCUUCGGCAUCGGUUACACUAUCGACUACCAGAUGCACCUCAAGCACCACAAGAACGGCCACCACUAG